AUGCAGUUCACCACCAUCGCCACCCUCUUCACCCUCGCCCUCAGCGUCACAGCCCAUCCCGGCCGUCCCCCCGUCGACGUCCACCAGCAAAAGAACGAGUGCGGCGGUGGCCACCUCGCCUGCUGUCUCGAGCACUCCGACAUCCACGCCGACGGUUUCCUCUCCGGUCUUCUGACCGAGGGUCUGCUCACUCCCAUCAUCGGUUCCCAGGAGCAGUCUUGUGCCAAGUUCUCGCUUAUUGAGAAUCUUAACAUUCUUGGUUUUACUAAGAAGGGUGAUGAUUCGCCUUCUUGCAAGUCUAUUACUGCUUGUUGCCCUGAGGGCAAGGGGUCUUGUGACCGUGUCUAA